UACGAGAAGCACCUGAAGGCAGCACAGACAGAGCGUGAGGGCGAGAGCAAACUGACUGACAACGGGGGAAGGGGCGGCUCACUGAGCGAUAGACUGGAUGGAAUAGAGAAAUAAAACCAGUUAGCGGAAGACGGAGUGAAAAGACAGAAAGAAGCAAGAGAGAUACACGCUCGUGUUGUAAACAGAGGCGGCGUGGGGUUUAAACACGCACGCUGAGCUGAGACGAGCCACAACAAGCUGUGUCUGUGAUUUUUCUGGCUGUGCACGGGGAACAGAAGGAGCCAUUUGGGAGAGUUCACCGGCUUUUGUUUUUCCUCCUCUCGUUUCUCUGCAACCUCCUGCCUCCUCUGAAUGAUUGAAGCCAUGCCCAUGGUGUCUGCAAGCACAGGGCUCCAUGAGACUUUGGCCCUGCUCACCUCUCAGCUCCAUUCUGAUGCCAACCACAAAGAGGACCUAGUCUUCCUCAAGGACGUCUUCAGUGAGAAAAGCCUCAGUUACCUCAUAAAGAUUCAUGACAAACUGAAGCAGUAUGAGAAACACAGCCCAACUCCAAUUCUACAUAGCGCCUCCUGUCUGGCAGAGGAUCUGGCAGAAGAGCUUCAGAACGGGCCGCUGGAGGACGAUGAGAGAGAACUGCUUCUCCUGCUGAGCACUCCUCACCUUAAGGCAGUGCUGUCCGCUCACGACACCGUGGCCCAAAAGAACUUUGAUCCAGUGCUGCCGCCACUGCCAGAAGAUCUUGACACCGACCUGGAGGAAGAGUCGGUUAAGAUCGUCCGCCUGGUGAAGAACAAAGAGCCUCUGGGAGCAACCAUCCGGAGAGAUGAAGCGACAGGAGCUGUAAUUGUGGCCAGAAUUAUGAGGGGAGGGGCAGCUGACCGUAGUGGUCUGGUGCAUGUCGGGGAUGAACUUCGAGAGGUCAAUGGACACCUGAUAACCCACAAGAGGCCAGAUGAAAUUAGUCAGAUUCUGUCCCAGUCACAAGGCUCCAUCACCCUGAAAAUCAUUCCAGCUGUUGUAGAAGAAGACAAAUUGAAGGAAAGCAGGGUCUACCUUCGGGCUUUGUUUGACUACACGCCCUAUGAGGACAAGGCCACGCCGUGCCAAGAGGCGGGACUUCCUUUUAAGAGGGGGGACAUUCUUCAGGUUGUUAGCCAGGAGGACGCUACCUGGUGGCAGGCCAAGAGAAUUGGUGACUGUAACCUGCGUGCUGCCCUCAUCCCCUCGACACAGUUCCAGGAGAGGCGCCUGAGAUACAGAAUGAAAAUGGGUUCUUUCCCUGCCCCUAUGUCCCCCAAAGGUCCUACAUAUGAUCGUGCUGGGAGAGAAGACUGUGACAGUGAGGGUGCUCUGAAUGGAAAGGAUCUAGUUUCUCCCAAGAGUAAGGCAGCCCCUGUCUUCUGUGGCAAUGCUCUUUCAUGGGAUUUUUACUCAGCUGGCCUGCGCAGAAGUUUCCGCCUUAGUAAAGAUCGGCAGGGUUCUCCAGGAGAACCUCAAACUCCAGAUGCCAAUCACACAGAGUUCCUGAUUUAUGAAGAAGUAACACAAUAUCUGCCCCGCCCUGGUGAAAGGCCUCGUCUUAUAGUACUGAUAGGUUCCCUGGGAGCUCGGAUCACUGAGCUGAAACAGAAAGUGAUCGCUGAAUAUCCUCAACGUUAUGGUUUGGCUGUGCCUCACACCACUCGAGCCAGGAAGUGUAAUGAGAGGGAAGGAGUUGAAUACCACUUUAUCACCAAAGCAGCUUUCGAGGCCUUCAUCCAGAGUGGCAAAUUUAUUGAAUAUGGGGAGUAUAAAGAUAAUCUGUACGGCACCAGUUUGGAAUCCAUUCACAACAUUUUGGAUCAAAACAAGGUCUGUCUGGUGGAUGUGCAACCAGAGGCACUGAAGUCUCUACGUAAUGCUGAGUUCAAACCAUAUGUUGUGUAUGUAAAGCCUCGCAUAAGGAAACAUCUUGGAUCUUCUUCCUCCCUCAGCUCAGGAAUCACAGAGGAUGACCUACAGGAAAUGAAACAGUCGGCGGAGCAGAUGGACAAGUGCUAUGGCCCCUGGGUGGACUACGUCUUGGUAAAGGAGGACCCGGUUAGUGCCUUAGCUGAGCUCCAGGUCGUACUGGAAAGGGUGCAGAUGGAGCGUCAGUGGGUGCCUGUGUCCUGGGUAAGAUGCUAGCCUGGUUCAAGUUGGAUCAGCGAGUGGAGGACAGGUUAAACUCCAGAUGUUCUGAGUCAUCCAGCGCUUACUGUCAUACUAACAUUACAAACCUACUUGUGAUCGGUGGCUCAGUUACGGCAUUACUGUAAACAACAAGCAAGCAUUCAGUGUAAAAUGGCAGAAUAACUACCAGGCAUCUACACCUAGUAUGAUCAAUUAUGAAAACAUGCUUACUGUAAAGUGCCAAAGAUAAUUGUAAAAUAAGACAAUUAAUCUACAAACCAUCUUGUCAUACUGCUGUAUUAAAUAAGAACCAUGCAUUUGAAGACAAAUAAAAUCAUACAUCUACAGUAUUUGGGGAAACCAUUUACUCUAGAAUGACAAUUACAAACCAUAAACAAAAGAAAUAUACAUAUGUAGUUGCAUUGUGUCAGCAUUCUACUUCCAAAGCUUCUUGAUCGACAUAUUCUUCUCACUGUCUUUCUGCAUCACCUGGUGAACAGAACAGGAAACAAUCUUAAUAGGCAGGACUACAAAAGUGUUUUACAGGUAUUCAUUCCAGAUAGGGGGAUGGGAGGUAGACGUAAGCACCACCUUUAAAUAUCUUUGAGACAAUGUAAGUGGUAAAAAGGUUAUGAAAGUACAGAUUUCUGAGAAACACUGUAAAGAAUGGUUACAAACCUUUGCCACAGCCAUCUCAAAGUCCUCCUGGUUGACGUGAACUCUUCUUUCUCUCAGAGCAUACAUCCCCGCCUCUGUGCAAACACCCUAAAAA